UGCAGCCAGAGCCGCCGCGCGGCUGGGUGACGUCAGCGCUCCGGCGGCGCCACAUGGAGACGCGCCGUCACCCAGCUCGUAGUAAGUGUUAUGCAACGGCAGCGAGGGGCGACUGGAGGAGCUGCGGCGGCUGCACACCUCCCUCUGCAGUGAUGCGCCCGCACCGCGGCGCCGGCGCCGACUCUCUGCACGGCUGACGACCUCCACGAUGCAGCGUUGAGUCGAGGCGGGAAGAUGCCGCGGACCAAGCAGAACAACCCCAGAAACCUGAAAGAUAAAAUCGAGGAGGCGCAGAAAGAACUGAAGGACCCCAAAGACCCUCAGAAAGAUUUCGCGGCGGCCGGUCGGCGGGCGGCUGACGUCAAAGGCCUCAAAAGGAAGAAGGUGGUUGCAGAGAACCAGCUGAAGGAGAUCCGCAAGUCCCCCGUCAAGAAGUCCCUGCAGUCCAAACCCCGUAACGCCGCUCCCCCGCGCUCCCAGGAAAACCUGCCCCGCCCCCCGUCCUCCGGAAGCCCCCCCCACGACCCGUCACCGUCGCCCAGCAGCAAGGAGGAGCCCCGGCAUGAACAACCAGUUGCAGCGCCCCCCGACGAGGGGCCGCGGUGUCCCGAUGCUGAGGGGGUGAAGCCGGACCGGGACUCCUCCAGGCCAGCGUCGCCCCCCAACGGCGAGGAGCCUCCCGCCGAGGAGACUCCGCCCACAGACAACGCAAGCCCGGAGGGCGGCUUUAAGGAGUCGUACUACGGCGGCGCCCCGCUGGACGUCCUCCUGAAGGCCAUGGAGCCUGACUUCAGCACGCUGGCGGACAGGAAGCCCCCCCUGCAGGCCGCCGCCGGGAACCCGGCUCCUCCCCCUCAGCUCGCCGGCGUCGGGCCCCAGACCGCCCACAUGCAGACCUACUACAUUGACAAGCAGGGCAACGUCAUCCGCAUCGCCGCAGCGCCGCAGGGGAGCGUUCACACGACCGCACAGGGCGCCGCCCCCCUUGCCGCGCCACACUUCAUGGCGAUGGCCUCCAACCCAGACAAGCAGAGUCUGCAAGUGAACUUUAAGACUGGCCCCUCGGUGCUAAGCCACGCCCCCACGCCACCGGGCUCCAAGGCCUUGCCUCAGAGCCAGCCGCCGGUCGUUCACACGUGCCAGUCGCUUGCUGCUAGCGUCCCCAGCAGCGUCCAGGUGCCGGUCACGCCGGGCGGCAACCACGUGCAGCUGACCGCCGUGGUGAACUUCGGCGUGGAGCCAGCGUCCCGGGAGAAGCCAAAGAAGCCGGGGAAGUAUGUGUGCGAGUACUGCCAGCGGGCCUGCGCCAAGCCCAGCGUGCUGCUCAAGCACAUCCGCUCGCACACGGGUGAGCGGCCGUAUCCCUGCGUCACCUGCGGCUUCUCCUUCAAGACCAAGAGCAACCUCUACAAGCACAAGAAGUCGCACGCGCACGCCAUCAAGCUAGGGCUGAUGGCGCGCGAGUCUAGCGGCGGUGGUAGCUGCUCGCUGUCGCAGGAGUCCGACAAGGGCGGCGCCGGCACGCACUCGGAGGCGGAGGACAGCGGCGACAGCGACGAGGACGCCGCCGACCUGGACCCCGACUCCUCGCAGAGCCUCACGGCGGCGUCAUCCGAGAGCAGCUUGCUGAGCGCGGUCGCCGCGGCGACAACGGCGCCGGAAGUGGAGCCAUCGCUCAAGUCCUCCCCGGGACGCACGGCCACAGCAGCGCUCCCCAAGGUCGUGGUCUACCCCGUCAACGUGUCCCCCUUGAGGGCAGACAGCCCGCGGGUCACGGGCGCGGCGCCUGAGCAAGCCGCCGCCGCCGCCCAGCGCCAGCGGGAGAUCCAGACCGCCGCCCUCCGGUCCAACAUCACGGUGCUGUCGUCCCUGAGGGAGGUGGACGCCGCCGACCCAUCCCUGGAGGCGUUGGCGAGCGAGGACGAGGACCAGCGCUGCCGCUCGCCGGCGUUAGGCCACGCCCAGCUACAGCGGCAGCAGGCCACCGACUCCCAGCAGCCCAAGUGCCUGCUGAGCCCACGGAGCCUCGGCAGCACCGACUCGGGCUACUUCUCCCGCUCCGAGAGCGCCGACCAGGCCAUGAGCCCGCCUAGCCCCUUCGUCAAGAUAACCCCGCCCACGGAGGUCGCUCCCGUGGUCGCCGCGGUGAUGCACGCAGCGACCCGGCAGAUGCGGCCGCCGCUGGACGCUAGCGCACGCUCGCUGGAGGAGCACAUCUCCAAGCUGAUCUCGGACAACGAGGCGCUGGUGGACGACAAGCAGCUGGACAGCGUGAAGCCUCGGCGGACGUCGCUGUCGCGCCGCGGCAGCAUCGACUCGCCCAAGUCCUACAUCUUCAAGGACUCGUUCCAGUUCGACCUGAAGCCGAUGGCGCGGCGCUCCAGCUCCAGCUCCGACAUCCCCAGGUCGCCGUUCACGCCCACCGACAAGUCCAAGCCCGUCCUGCUGCUGUCGGUGCCGGGCCAGUACCCGGCCAUGGACUGCCUGCCCAUCACCCGCAGCAACUCCAUGCCCACCACGCGGGACUCCGUCCCCCCGCUCAGCCUGGCGCACCUCCCCCACCCGCUCCGAGGCUGUCAAUCAUUCGACGAUAAAAUCAGCUCGCUAAACGACGACGUCUUUGCCUCGGCGCCGUCGACUCCCGGCGCCGCCGGGUUCCACUCCCGGACGCUGGUGCGGCAGAAGGCGGUGGACGACUUCUCGACGGCGGGGGACGGGCUCCCGACGGCCCGGUCCAUGGACGAGGGCAUCCGCGGGCCGGGCAGUGCUGCCGCCUCAGAGCCGGUGCAGCGGACCCGGUCCUUUGAGCAUGGCCAGGACCGGCUCCGGAGGCCGCAGCAGAACAAGGGCACCAUGUACGAGUGCGAGACCUGCCGGAACCGGUACCGCAAGCUGGAGAACUUCGAGACGCACAAGAAGUUCUACUGCUCCGAGCUCCACGGGCCGAAGAACAAGCCGGCGGUGGUCCGGGAGCCGGAACCGGACGUGUUCCGGGGGGCGGCUGGCCUGGGCCCGGGGACGCUGGACCACCAGACCUCCAUCAGGAAGAGGAGGAAGAUGAAGAGUGUCGGCGACGAGGACGACCAGUCCCCGACGGACACGGCGGCGCCCUGCUCCGUCAGCUUCGAGGCGCCGCCCAAGUCUUUCUCCCAGCAUGCUCUGGGGGCAGACGCCCCGCCCAAGAGCAACCCGUCCAAGCUACCUCAGCUCCAGCUCGUGGCCCGGGGGAUGAGCGCUCCAGAAUCCAGACUGUCCCCCAUACGGGAGACCCAGACCAACAGCCCCCCCAAGGCGGACCUGCCGAGGCCGGGCGGCGGCGGCACCUCCGUCAUCAGACACACCAACUCCCUCAGCCGACCCAGCUCCUUUGAGACCGAGACCCCCGACCGGGUUCCCGCCGACCCCAAGGAGAAGGACCCCCCGAGCAAAGCCGGCGCCGACGGGCCGCCGUCCGCCGACUCGGCCUUCCACGACAAACCCGCCGGCGGGGAGAAGAAGAAGGAGCGCGGCGGUGACGGCGGCACCGGGGGGAGCACCACCCCCGUCCACCAGUCCCGGCUGGUCCGGCAGAGCAACAUCCAGGUCCCGGAGAUCCUGGUCACCGAGGACUCGGACCGGGAGCACGAGGCACCGGCCGCCGAGGCGGCGGACAAGCAGCCCGCCGACCCGUUCAGCUGGCCCCAGCGCAGCGAGAGCCUGUCCAAGCUGCCGACGGAGAAGCUGCCCCCCAAGAAGAAGAGGAUCCGGCUGGCCGGGAUGGACCAGUCCUCCGCCGAGUCCAGCUUUGAGUCCAGCGUGUCGCGGAGCCUCAGCCGGGACAGCAGCCUCUCGCGCUGCUCCAGCGUCUCUGCCUCCUUCGACCGGGACGAGCCGCUGCGGGCGGAGAGUCCGUCCAGGGGCGACGGCGCCGCCAAGGCGGCGGCGGCGGAGGUGCCGGUCAACACGCUGGGCGUCCCGGGGGCGAUGCGCCGCGCCGCCUCCGAGCAGAUCACCUGCACGCAGCCAUCCGUGGAGAUCUGCGGCGACUACCGCAGCAAGUCCUUCGACUGCGGCCACGUGUCCCCCAGCAGGUCCCUGUCCAGGCCCGGCCCGGCCCCCCAGGUCCCCCCCGCGGUGUCCCUGAUCGAGAGGCGGCGCGGCCCGCUGGUCCGGCAGAUGUCUCUGAAGAUCGGCCCGGAGAACCAGCCGCCGGUCCGGAAACCCGGCGCCCCACCGGAAAAACCCCUCGCCGCCCUCGUCAGCUCCUUUCCGCAGAACCGGUCCCAGCAGAUCCACAUCGCCAGCAGGCGGCCCGCGGCCCCGCCCUUCGUGCUGGCGCCGUCAGAACCGCCGACCCGGCAGGACGAGCAGGUGGUCCAGAGCAUCAACCUGGGCAGCGCCGCCCUGCAGCCUCAGGUCCACGGGCUCCCGCACCCGUGGCACCAGACCUCCCGGGUCCAGCUGCUCCCCAAGCUGCAGCCGCCGCUGACCCAGAUCUCGGUUCCCCCCAGCAAACGGGCCGAACCGGAGGAGAGGAAGAGCUUCGUGCCCAAAUACCAGCUGCAGUGUCCGGCUCCGCGGGCCGGCCAGAACUCCUUCUCCUUCUCCUGCACCCAGGCGGCCCGGAUCGCCCUGCCCAUCCUGACCAUCCCCAUCGCCAACCCGCUCCAACCCAGCGUCCUCCAGAACCUGUUUGUGGGUCAGCAGAACUCCGAGGUGAAGACCGUCGUCCUGCAGAGGAAGGAGUCCGUUCCCGUCCCCCAGAUCCUGAUCACCCACGAGCAGAUGCACCCUGCGCCCUCGCUUUGCGGUAAACAUGGCCCGGCCAAGCCGGACCCCCCAGCUCCCCCUGCGGGGCCGGACCCGGGUCCGGGUCCCGGCGCCGCCGGGUCGCUGGCCUCGGUGACGCUCUGCCCGCAGCAGGAGCCCGCCGCCUCCAGCAAGCGCAUGCUGUCGCCGGCCAACAGCCUGGACAUCUACAUGGAGAAGCACCAGAAGCGGGCCAAGGACGAGCACGGCGGCGCCUGCCCCCCCGACAGCCGGCCCGUCAGCUACGUCGAGGCGGCGACCCGGCAGCGCAAGCUGACGCUGGUCCGGCAGGUCUGCACCACCGAGCCGGCGGACAGCCCCCUGGAGACCGAGGCGCCGGCGCUGCCCGACGUCCGGCCCGACGCGGCGAGGGACUCGGAGGACGACGCCAAACCCAUGUCGCCCGAUGGCGCCGGGCUGGAGAAGGACAGAACCGAGAUCCGGGACGCCGCCCCCGUGACUCGGGCCGCCUCCCCGAAGGGCGAGGACCAGCGCUGGACCCCGGCCAGGUCCCUGAUCCGGCCGUCCAGCUUCCACGGCGGGCCGGCGCGGCCGACCACGGCGGUGUCGGUGGUCAGCACCCGGGACCCGCACCGCCUGUCCUUCCCCAGCCUGAAGACGGCCACCACCUUCACCUGGUGCUUCCUGAUGAAGCGGCGGCCGCUGCACCUGCCGCAGGCCGACCACAAGACGUCGGCGUACGCCGCCUGGGCGGUGGCCGCCCACAACCCCAACCCGCUGGGCCUGCCCACCAAGGUGGUCAUGUCGCUGUUCCAGUCCCGGCAGAGCGCCAAGAAGGUCCACUACACCUCCGCCAUCAGGACCGGCGGCGCCGCCGACAUCCUUUCCUACUCCGGGAAGCUGAAGGACGUCAUGCCGAAGGUGCCGGUGACCCAGAAACCCGGGUCGGCCGGGUCGGCCGAGGCCCGGAGGAAACCACAACCAGAACCUCAGAGCAGCAACGACUCGGACAAAGACGCAUCAACAGAACCGCGGCGGGUCAAGAUAUUUGACGGCGGGUUCAAGUCCAACGAGGAUUACAUUUACGUGCGCGGCCGUGGCCGGGGGAAGUACAUCUGCGAGGAGUGCGGCAUCCGCUGCAAGAAGCCCAGCAUGCUGCGCAAACACAUCCGCACCCACUCGGACGUGCGGCCGUACCACUGCGUCCACUGCAGCUUCUCCUUCAAGACCAAAGGGAAUCUCACCAAGCACAUGAAGUCCAAGGCCCACCGGAAGAAGUGCCUGGAGAUGGGGGUCCCGGAGGGCUUUGUGGAGGACCAGGACGCCGAGGACUCAGGUGACCGGUCCCAGCUCAGCGCCGACCGCCAGGACUCGGACGGAGAUGAGUCGGACGGCGGCGAGGACGAGGACAACGAGGACGAAGACGAGGACGAGGAGUCGUCUCCGUCCACCAACCCGUCGGUGGCGGCGAGCCCCCAGCACCUGCCCCCCCGCGACACCGGGGUCCCGCCCAGCGCGCUGCUGGCCCAGAUGUCCAUCAGUGCCUACCUGCCCUCCCGGGCCCGGACCCCCGACCCGGUCCCGUUCCUGGAGUCCCGCUGCGGGGCCGACCCGUACGCCUCUGACCCGGAGUCGGUGCACAUGAUGAGCCCCGUGUCGCCGUGCCGACAGAUGUCCAUCGACUACCCGGACGUCGACGCCCCCUUCAGCCCCCCCUACAGGCUAAGCCAGGUGAGCCAGGACUCUUGCACGGCCGUCGCCGUGGUGAGCAGCGACCUCAGCGCGGUGGACCGCGGCACGCAGACCUCCUCCUACACGUGUGUGGUGGCCCCGCCCCCUCUAGCCCCGCCCCCGGAGACCCGCCUCUUCAGCCACCUGCCGCUGCACUCCCAGGGGCCCCGCCCCUCCUACGGCGUACUACCCGUGGGCGGCGUCCAGCUGGUGCCGGCGGGCCUCGCCACCUUCCUCACCAUCCCCGCCGUGGGCGUCAUCCACCGCAACAGCAGCCCGGCCCCGGCCACGCCCCCCCGGGCCCCGGAGCCCCUGAGCAGCGUGGUGCCGUGCUUCCCGCUGGGCCCCGUGGGUCCGGUCGGGCUGGAGACCUUCAACCUCAUGGGCCUGGCCAACGCGGGCCUGGCGUCGGCGCCGGGCCUCACCCUCAACGCCCUGGGGCUGCAGGUCCUGGCCGCUAGCCCCGCCCCCCAGGGCGCCGGCUCCGCCCCCACCCACGUCCCGGGCCUGCAGAUACUCAACAUCGCGCUGCCCGCCAUCAUCCCCGCCCUCAGCCCCGCCCCCGGGUCUCUGGACCGGCAGGGCAGCCCCGAGGCUCCGCCUCCACCGCAGGCUCCGCCCCCGGCGCCGCCGGUCCGGGUCGCCCCCGCCCGCGGCGCCACCCCGGAGCUGACGCCCGUCAGCCGGCCGGAGGACGCCCCGGAGAGGGAGGAGUCUCCGCCGCGGAGCCACGCCCCCCCGCCGGCGGCCCCGCCCCCGGCGCUAGCGGCGCCGGCGAGGAGCUGGCAGACGGUCAUCAACGCGGAUAACGAGGUUUCCAGUGACGAUGAGGACCGGCUGGUCAUCGCCACCUGAGACUCACAACCACCGUCACACGACCAAUUGGUCCUUUUCUACCUGCGGCGGCGCCGGACCGCCGGACAGCCGGCGCCGUCAGACCACCGGCGUCUCUUUGUACAUGUUGUAUAGACGAUGUGCCUUUGUGGAGUUUCCUGGUUCGAUGCUGUAAAUAAUCCUGACGCCGUCGGAGGCUGUUUGAGGGUUCUGGUUCUGGUUCUGGUUCUGGAGGCCACUUCUCGGUGUCGUGCUGGUUAAUGUACAGUCCGCCAGGUCCCAGGCCCGUUUCUGUGUACAGAUGUUGUGUUUUAUUUAUUAUCCAUGAGUCGGCGGGUUUGUGCAUCACGGUAGCGUCACAUGACCGUCACAUGACUGUAUCGAUAUGAACUGUAUCAGUAAACAUUUGUUAUGAAGCUUU